AAACACAGUGUUCUUAUACAGUACGGACUAAAUCGGCAAACCAGCUGCAGGUGAGGGUGAGAGAAGAUCAAGACCAUUGAUAGGUGUUUCAAGACAAAGAUGUGACAUGUCAGAGGGAGAUGGACAGCUGUGUGGCUCUCAUUCUUCUGUCCUCCACAAUCACACUCACCACAGCUGACAGUGUGAGGUUAGUGGAUGGGGGCAGUCGCUGUGCUGGGAGAGUGGAGGUUCUUCAUAGAGGACAGUGGGGAACAGUGUGUGAUGAUGACUGGGAUAUGAGAGACGCUGCAGUGGUGUGUAGAGAGCUGCGCUGUGGAGAGGCUGUAAAUGCGCUGGGUAGAGUUCACUUUGGACCAGGAUCAGGACCAAUCUGGAUGGAUGAAGUGGGCUGUAGUGGAUCAGAGUCUGCAUUGGAGCACUGUAGUUCAAGAGGAUGGGGGGUGUCUGACUGUUCUCAUGGUAAAGAUGCUGGAGUCAUCUGCUCAGACCGGUUUGGGGAGGGGAUUGGCCAGAUCUGGGCUGAUGUGUUUGAUUGUGAGGGGAAUGAAAAACACCUGUCAAAAUGUCCCAUUUCAUCAUGGAGUCAAACUGCAUGCUCUCAUAAACAGGAUGCUGGAGUCAUCUGCAGUGUUUCCUCUCUGGCGUUUCAUGAGGGGCGAGUGCGGUUGUCUGGAGGGAUGGAGUGUGAGGGGGAGGUGGAGGUGUACUUCAGGCAGGACUGGAGGAGAGUUCUGCUGGACUCCUGGGGUGAGUCCGAGGCCUCUGUGGUCUGCAGACAGCUGGGCUGUGGCUCUGUGUUCAGCUUCUCCAGCUCCUCUACAUCCAGUCCUGAACACAGACACAUGUGUGUGACGGGUUUCAAUUGUACUGGGAGUGAAGCUCAUCUGGAGAACUGCAGCAGCGCAGAGGCAGUCAACUGCAGCUCCAAAGAGCAGCUCUCAAUCACCUGCUCUGGUAAGUUUAAUUUAGCUCAUAGCUCCAUCAGGCUUGUUGGUUCUGGGGGAGACUGUGCAGGAAGGCUGGAGGUUUUCCACAGCGGCUCAUGGGGGACAGUGUGUGAUGACUUGUGGGAUAUUAAGGAUGCGCAGGUGGUCUGCAGACAGCUGCAGUGUGGAGUGGCCCUCAGUGCUCCAGUACCAGCCCAGUUUGGACCUGGAACUGGACCCAUCUGGCUGAAUGAGGUGGAGUGUGAGGGGAACGAGACGUCCCUGUGGAACUGCAGGUUUCAGCUGUGUGGAGAGGAUGAAUGUGGACACAAGGAAGAUGUAGGAGUCGUGUGUUCAGAGUUUAAAGAGAUCAGACUCACUGAGGGCUGUGAGGGGAAUCUGGAAGUGUUCUACAAUGGAACCUGGGGUAAUGUGUGUGUAAAUGGAAUGACUGAAGAAACAGUGAGUUUAAUCUGUCAAGAGCUGAACUGUGGAAGAUCUGGCAGUGAGAGACCUACCAGAGCAAGAGUGGAAUCAGCUCCUAACUGGCUGGAUAAUCUGAAAUGUAGGAAACAUGACUCCACUCUAUGGCAUUGUCCAUCUUCACCCUGGAGACAGAAUAGUUGUGAUUAUCGCAAUGAAGUGGCUCACAUUACCUGCUCAGAAGGUGAAAAUGAACGUGUAUUACGAAGACAUCUAAAACGCUCCUCAACUCCCCAUCACAGACAGUGCUCAAAUCACCUGCCUCUCAGGCUGAGAGGAGGAAAUGAAAGCUGCUCUGGGAGGCUGGAGGUGUAUCAUAAUAAAAUAUGGGGCUCCGUCUGUGAUGAUCUGUGGGACAUAAGGGAUGCUCAGGUGGUCUGCAGGCAGCUGGGCUGUGGGCCGGCGCUGAGUGCUGAUGGGAGUGCUGUCUUUGGUGCUGGUGAAGGACCUAUCUGGCUGAACAGAGUGAAGUGUAGAGGGAAUGAGAUUCACCUGUGGGACUGUCCUCAUUCCCUGAAGAACCACACUGACUGCUCCCACAGACAGGACGCUGGAGUCACUUGUGCAGAUCAGAGGAGUCUGCUGGAUUUUGGGGUUUUUGACUCCAUUUAAAAUAAUUUUAUCACAGUGUUAAUUAACUGCAAAAGCUGCUGUCAUCGAUUUUGAAUUGCUAGUUUUGCUGAAUAUAUAAAAAAAUCUUUCAGGAGAAGAGAACUUUAAUAACUUUUAAUGUAAGUGAAUGUAAUAAGAUUUUUUUCUGAGUCAUCUUGAUUAUGCAAAAAAU